UGAAGGGUUUUUGAACAUUAAAAUUUUGAAUAAAUUUUUUUGGAUAUUAAUCUAAAUUUUGAGCAGAACAUGUUUUUCCGAAAGACAAUUUUUACUGACAUCGGCAGGCUGUCGAUACCAGAGCAUGGAAUAACUAAUGUAACCAAAUUCAUUCUUCAGCCUAAAAAUUUUUGUGAUACAAAAUGCAUAUCCCUACCUUCGAAGAAGGGCCUAGUCCUUGGGUGUUAUGAAAAUGACAGUGGUGAACCUGUAUUAACUCCAGCUUCCUGUAAAUUUAAUGAGAAAAUGCGAGGGAGAUUACUGGAAUUAAUUGUAGGUUCAGGCAAAUCAAUUUGGAAAAGUCGACAGGGCUUUGCUUUUUGUAACAUCGAGGAUGAAUUUUGGUCGAUAGUUAUAGUUGGCUUGGGCAAUAAUAAAGAUGGUUUUAAUAUGCUUGAAGCCAUUGACGAAGGUCGUGAAAAUGUGCGGCUCGCAGCUGGUUUAGGUUGCCAGCAUUUAUUAAAACAACGCUGCGGUCAUAUAUUUAUUGAAGGGUUGGGGCGACCAGAACAAGCUGCUGAAGGAGCUGCUUUAGCAGUGUGGCGUUAUCAAGAAUUCAAGAAUAAAAUUAAUCGUUUACCGGUACCAACUCUAGAAUUAUAUGAUAACGUUGAUCAUGAAUCCUGGCAACGCGGUCUGUUUAAAGCAGAAGCUCAAAAUCUGACUCGACGUUUAUCAGAUACACCAGCCAAUCACUUGACACCAACAGCGUUUGCGCAAGAAGCAGUUAAAUUACUUUGCCCUUGUGGUGUUAAAGUUGAAAUCCAUGACAAAGAAUGGAUUUACAACAAGAGAAUGCAUGCCCUUUUGUUAACAGCAAAAGGUUCGUGCGAACCGCCAGUUUUUAUAGAAAUUCACUACUGUGGUGCACCUGUAGAAGAAAAACCUGUAGUUUUAGUCGGUAAAUCAACAACAUAUGAUAGUGGUGGUUUAUGUUUAUACGAUGCCAAAGGUAUGCCCAAAUAUCGAGCAGAUAUGACCGGCGCAGCUGCGGUGAUCUCAACAAUACGAGCAGCUGCCUUGUUGAGUUUACCCAUGAAUAUUAUAGGUUUGAUUCCAGUAUGCGAGAAUAUGCCAAGUGGAAUGGCAAUGAAACCUGGCGAUUUAGUACAGAUGUUAAAUGGCAAAGUAAUUGAGAUUGAAAGUACAGCAAACGAAGGACGGAUAAUAUUGGCAGACGCACUAUGCUACGCAUGUAACGAAUAUAAUCCAAAGUUAAUAAUUGACUUAACACCAAUGACAACGGGUCAUAGACAUUUACUUGGUUCAUCAUCCACAGCAUGCUUUUCUAACAGUGAAAAUAUGUGGAAACAGAUCCAUAAAGCUGGUAUUAUUACCGGUGAUCGUUUGUGGCGACUUCCAUUAUGGAAAUUUUACAAACGUAAAGUUGAAAAUUACAGAUAUUGUGAUGUUAAUAACGUAGGUCAUGGUGGCGUUGUUGCAGAGCCAUGUUUGGGCGCUGCAUUUUUAACAAACUUCAUUGAUUGCGUUGACUGGAUACAUUUAGAUUGCGAUGGUACUGGAAGAUUAUCCAGCAAGGAACAUGAGGAAAUAUAUCCAUAUUAUGCAUAUGAUCGUAUGACUGGACGACCCGUACGUACCGUUAUACAAUUGUUGUAUCAGUUAGCGUGUCCGAAUGACUGCGAUCAUCCAUAUUAAAUUAGUUUACAUUAAUACAAAUAUGGGAAUUGGGAAUAUUCAAGGGAUCGUUGUGUUUUGUCCUCAAGUUGAUAAACCAUAUAGUUUUACUGUGCUGUAUUGACUGUGUUACUGUCUAGUUUAUCAUCAAAUGUAAAUCGUUAAAACUUAUUAUGUAAUUGUACAUCAUUUUUAGUCAGUUAUUGUCUAAUGGUAAAUCAUUUUACCAACAAUUCAUUGUACGAAAAUAAAAAGCAU